AUGACCAACUACCCAUCGCACGAGGAAAUGCUUGGCUGCAUGGCCGCCUGCUUCAACUGGGCAGACAGCUACGACACCAAGGACUGGAAGAGACUCGAGACUGUUAUUGCACCCGAGCUCAUCAUCGAUUACCGUUCGUUCCUCGACAAGAUCUGGGAGGCUAUGCCCGCCGAGGAGUUCGUCAAGAUGGCAUCUGACCCCAACGUCCUCGGCGACCCUCUCCUCAAGACUCAGCACUUCAUCGGUGGUACCAGAUGGGAGAAGGUCUCGGACACUGAGAUCAUUGGCUGGCACCAACUUCGUGUACCUCACCAGAAGUACACCGACGAGUCCAGAUCGAAGGUUGCUGUCAAGGGCCACGCCCACAGCACCAACAAGCACUGGUACAAGAAGGUCGAUGGCGAGUGGAAGUUUGCUGGACUGAGCCCCGAUAUCCGUUGGUUCGAGUACGACUUUGACAAGGUCUUUGCCAGCGGCAGAGACUCUUUCGGCGAAGCCAAGCAGGCUGCUGGCAUCCCUGAACAGGCAUAG